CCGGACGCUUCAGUUUCCCUCCAAACCUCCUUUCGCUCGUUUGACGACGAGUCGAACAGAUUCGGCGCUUACCUUCUCUUACAAUGGUCUUCCCAUUGGCGCCGGCGCUGCGUAGGUCCCUUUUGUCUCGCGGGGCGACCUCCGCAUUCCUUCACCGCUCUGCUUCCUUCCUCGCCGGAAGGACUGUGCAAGUCGGUCUGGUGCAGUCUCUGAGGGCGUCAAAUGUACAGCUUAGCAGGACAAGAUGGCAAUCGACUGCUGCCGCCCCUGCGACCGCGCACUUUACUGGCUCGGCCGAAGAUGAGCUUGCUUUCGGUGAAGGCGACGGCGGGGAUAGGCCCGCACCCACCCUCGACACGCUCCAGGGCAAGGUCUCCGAGGAGACGCUCAAGGGUCUGCGCGACAUGGGCAUCACCCGGCUCUCCCCCGUCCAGGAGGCCGUCUUCUCCCACCUCCCCGCGCUUGCGGUUCCCAUCUCCCAGCGCCCAGAGGGCAGCAAGGACACACGGGACCUCCUCGUCAAGGCGCGCACGGGCACGGGCAAGACGCUCGGCUUCCUCGUGCCUGCGAUCGAAAUGCGCAAGCGCUCGAUCGAGGCCGCGGGCGCCGCGGCGCUGAAGGAGGCCACUAACGAGUCGGACACGCGCCUGCGUAGACAGGCUGAGCGCUCGUUUGCGAGGGGGAACGUUGGUACCCUGAUCAUCAGUCCGACCCGCGAGUUGGCCACGCAAAUUGCGGCGGAGGCAAUCAAGGCGACCAAGUACCACGGCAUGGAGGUUCGCCUGUUCACGGGCGGCGCCAACAAGAGGAUGCAGAUGCGGGACUUCCUCAGGGGUCGGCGCGACAUCGUCGUUGCGACGCCUGGUCGUCUGCGGGAUCUGCUCACCACGGAGCCGGAUAUGAAGGCCGCAUUCGCAAAGAUGGACUUGCUCGUUCUCGAUGAGACCGACACUGUCCUCGAGAUCGGUUUCCGCGACGACCUCGACGCCAUCAGCGAGUACCUUCCGACGGCCGAGCACCGUCAGACCCUCCUUUACUCCGCUACCGUGCCCCGGAAUGUCCAGCAGGUCGCUCGCAACUUCAUGCACAAGCAGCAUGAGGUCAUCGACUGCAUUAAGGACGACGCGCCCCCCGUUCACGCCCACGUACCGCAGUACUUCACACUCCUCCCCAGUGCUCGCGACCAAAUUCCCCACCUCCUCCGUCUCAUUGCUCACGACCAGAUGACGAACCCUGGACACUCGAAGGUCGUCGUCUUCUUCCCGACAUUGAAGCUCACGCAGCUCUUUGCCACCAUCCUACGGAGUCUGGCCUCGAAGACAACACCUGCAGGUCGCGCCACGCGUGUCCACGAGCUACACUCGAAGAUGACGCAGGCCGGGCGUGACAAGGCGUCGCAGGCGUUCAGGAGCGACACGUCGGGCGCCGCCGUCAUGGUCACCUCCGACGUGUCUGCUCGUGGGGUUGACUACCCGAAUGUCUCGCGUGUCAUCCAGGUCAGCAUCCCCUCAUCGAAGGAGCAGUACAUCCAUCGCGUUGGCCGCACCGGACGCGCGGGGUCGAAGGGCGUUAAUCCUCGCGGUGACCUUGUCUUGCAUGAAUGGGAGGGCGCGUUCGCAACUUGGGAACUUGCGGACAUCCCUAUCAAGCCCACCUCAGUUGACGCGCUGAAGGACGAGGUUGCGGACCUGGCCUCGAAGUUCGACGCAGGCGAUCUCCAGCUUCCAUCCGAGUUGCGCCGCUCAAGAUUAGCGGAGUCUUGGACAGGGGACGCCAGGCAAGUGGUGGACGAAAUCGAGACCGCUACGCAGCAGUUGUUGCGCCGCGUCGACGAGAUCGCCGUGCGGGAUACCUUUGUCUCGAUGAUUGGCUUCUACUCCGCGAAGGUUGAGACACUGCGCACCAGUAGGGAUGCCGUCGUCGAGGCGCUGCGUGCGUGGACAGUAGACGCCAUGGGGCUGGCGCAGCCGCCAUACGUGUCACCGAGCUUCCUGCAGCGGAUCGGCAUGGGCGACACCGGCAAGAAGAGCAGCCGUGGCGGCGGAUAUGGCAGCGGGUUCGGGCAGCCGAGGGAGCGCUCAACGAGGAGAGGAGAUGGGCCGCGGCUAUCGAAGCCGUGGACGGGCAGGGGGCGGCCAAGGUCUGAUGAACAUGAAGACCGCGGCGGCUAUGAGGGAAGGAGGGAAAACAGGGGGUACGAGGGCCGCAGGGAACGCCGCGAAUUCGACGGGCGGAGGGAGUACCGCGACCGUGACGACUUUGGCGGCAAGAGGGAGCGCAGGAACUCGUACGAGUCCCGGCGCGACCGCUUCGACUUCGACGCUUGAUCGCGCCGCUGGUCGAUCUCCCAUCCCCUUUCCCCUCACGACACACGGCGGCAGGCUCACCAGUGAGUCUGGCCGCAGACCUGAUGCUGCAUGGUGGCGGCUAACCGCCAUCCUGGGGUCGCAUCCACCCCAACUCACGUAGAAUACUUGUACAGUCACUUAAUACGGGGCGCCUAGGGCGCCAGAGGCGCUAGCCACCAAUCACAACUCACUCCUCCGGGGAGAUGCUCGCGCGCCAUU